CAUGCCGAAAUUACGAUUAGGUUUCUUAGUGACUCAUUCCACCAAAUAGAAACUGGACAAAGUGCCCGGCGCUGUGCGUACGUGUUCUCAGCGGACCGGGAUUUUCUUCCACCGAACCCCGAGACAAGAGAGCACCAGAAGGUGUGACGUCUGGACUCAAAGUUCACAGUGACGGCUAACUCUACACCCGCUCAGAUCAGCUCAAUCGAAGGUGAAGCCAAUAUACAGGUGUGUCGUCUGGACGCAAAGUUCAUCGUGACAACGAGAUCAUUAUCUAUACCCGCUCAGCUCAACUCGAUUUCAAGUAAAGACAGUUGGCAGAAAAAGACUGUGAGAGAAUGGGGCUACUGGACGGAUGGCCGCCAUUUUACCCCGAGUUCAGGACAGGGACGAUGUUCGCCAGCGAGCUGUUCCCUUACGUCAUCGUGGUGCUGGUGUUGGCGCUCGCCUUCCUCGCUCUGGCGCCCGGAAUCCGCGGGAAAACUAAGAGACUGAUGUACUGCGUCCAAGUGUUCUUCGCCAUCGUGGUUGGUGGGAUCAUCAUAAUUUGCGCAUACGGACAGGACUGGGACGUGGCGUCCGUCAGUACCGUGACGGCGUACAAGGCACGGAGCGCCGCCCACAUCCCGGCACAGAUCUCCGUCAAGAUCGGGCUCAAGUCCUUCAACGUCACCAUGACAGGCAUGCCGGGUAACCAGUCCGGCGGCAGACUGCAGUACAGUGAGCGGUACGCGCUGGACCUGCGGGAGUUUUCCCAGGACCUGCACACGUCCCACCUGGCGGGCGUGCCCUACCCCGUCAUCAAGGUGGCGGAGGACAUGGCUCUCACCAAGCUGGCGGAGUACAGCACCACGGGACACUACACCAUGAUGCUCAUGUGGCUGUCCCUCUCCCUCUGGGUGCUGACGGGGCUGCUGUUCUCCCUGGUGCGGCGGUACGGCGCCUACUGUCUGCUGCUCACCGGCAUCACGCUCAUGCUCGCUGUCGUGCCGGUGGCAUCCACUCGACUCGGACCUGCACAUGUCAUCCACUUCCCCAACGCCACCUUGCGAUUCUCGCUGGGAUGGUGCUUCUGGACAGCCCUAGUCACUGGCUGUCUGUGCACGUCGUCUGGUCUGGUCUUCUCGAUCGUAGAGCUUAUCAAACACUCGCGAGACUUGGAAUCCUCGCCGAACCAGGAGGAAGUGAAGGUUGGCUUCGGGUCAUCCGGGGUCACCAACCUUGCCUUUGAGACGGACGAACAGUCGGCGGGAAACACGAACCAGACCACGUCCAUGAACAAGUCAGGACUGAUUUCGACCGAAGAGAAACCACCACACCGGACUGUGGACAGGAAGCAGCCGCCCACGUUUCUGGCAGGGAGUGACGUGUGCGGCCAGAUUGAAGAGGAAGAGACCGAGAAAGAGGAGGACGAAGACACCCAACUGUAAACACUUGAAGGCAAUCCUGAACACAUUGUCUUUACAGACAUCCGUACACGCGGCUUCCACAUCACUGCACGAGAGAUGCUUGAAGUGAAAUCGCGAGCCUGCUUGGCCCGUAAGCAUACUUAAUCUUAAGUGGGACUUGAAAUUCGAAGUCUGUUUCGCAGAUGUAUUAAGCCUGCCUGCCUGUCUGCAUUUUUGACAGCGAGUUUCUGUGAUGUACUUGUGUGUCAGACUGUUUCCAGGGCCUACACAGGAAAGUUUCCCGGCUCCAGGGCCAGCAUGCCCCCAUGGAAAUUAUACCACAGCCCCCCUAUCAGUUAGGUUCCUACCGCUGGCUAGCUCUAGGCCUAGUGUGUUUAAUAUGGGUCUGGCAUCCAGGCUAUGAUAUACUGUAAUGUAAUGUAAAUACGUUCAAAAUCACAUCAAAAGUCAGCUUUUGUCGAGCAUCUUAUUCUAUACUUUUUGGCUUUAAAAUUUCGUUUAUUGACUGACUUCCAUGUAUAGACGGCAGGGAGUCAUCUCUUACACCCCCCCUCCAUGUAUCAAAGCCCGAUGUAUAACACUGUAACAUGGAAAAGUAUACUGCCUCCGUUCAACUUUUUAAGUAUGGAUAUAUUUGUAUACAAACAUUGCCAAGAAAAAAAAACACACUGAACGUUACCGCUUUGGUUUAACAACAUAAAUGUUGAUGCUUUAAACCAGAUUUAAGUUGUGAUUUUCUGUGUUGUGUGUUUAAUAUGUAUAUGUAUGCAAUGUCCUGUAAU